AUAAUAAUUUCCAACUGUGGUAUAAUUAGCAACACACAGAAAAAAAUCUAACUAAAAUAGAAUUAAAUACUUAGAAGAUUUUGUAUGGAUAUCACGAGAACACAAUGAAUGAGUGAGUCAGCACUAUCACAAAAUUUUAUUGACUGAAUGACGCGCAUGCGCGUGUGUCUGCGCAGGUAAGGUGCGCCGACGACAGGAAUGGACCCCAGUGUACUCUCAGGCAUGGACAAGGACGCAUUGAAGAAGCAGAUAGAGAACAUGAAAUACCAGGCGACGAUGGAGCGUUGGCCUUUGUCCAAGAGCAUUGCAGCGAUGAGGGAGUAUGUGGAAGAAAAUGAGAAAAAUGACCCUCUGAUCCACGCGCCCGACAAGAAAAACAAUCCAUGGGCGGAGAAGGGAAAAAUGCGUCAUUAUGUAGAGAAAGAACCACAGAAUUAUGGACCUUGGUUCACAACAUGGUCCAAUCCUACCACGGACUUUACAAUCAAGUUUUAUUUCAUCUGAUGUUGUAUUUUUACCGUUUGAUUGUAAGUGUGUUUUGUACUUAAGCUAGUUUUUGCGUGUUUUCAUGUCACUGUCCCUAAAUUUGGGGCAGUUCGCUCACCAAAGGCUGGAUUUAGGGGAGAAUUGGCCACAUUUCUUCACUUAUUAAACUUGACAAAGGUUUAUUAAUCUUGGUUUAAAUCUCAGCCAAGCUUUUCAGUUCUUCUGAAUUUCAAACUCCAUGAGUUCAGCCCUAUAUUCAAGUUUUUUAGCUGAACAUUUCAAAUCCAGUAUUGAGUUCCACAGUGUAUUGUAUAUUUAAAAUAAUUUUUUUGACAAAAUGUUAAUUGAAUUUAAAGUCCCAAUUCUUAUGGUAAUUUUAUAUUAAACCUAUUAAUUGAAAAAUUCUACCAAAACAUUAAUAUCCAAUUAGGAAAGUGUUGAUUACCUGAUUUAAUUUACCUUUAGAUCUUUUAAUGUUGGAUUUGUUAUCGAUUUUUAGUCAUUCAUAACCAAGAAAAAAAGCUAGUCUUAGUCAUUUAAGUUAGGUUAGGUAGGUUUAAGACAUAGCAUUGUAAUACAAUAGCCUAUUGAACAUAAGUUAUUUUAUAAUUCUAAAUGAUCGAGGAUUUGCAUUACAAGAUAAAACAUUAAUUUGAUAUUCGAGCAUUUCAUUUGUUGGUUUAUAAGUUUAAAUGAAUAAAAGUGCCAGAAAGUCCUCAGCAUUUAAAUAAUUAGUCAUAUAAUUUUUAAAGUACCUUGCUUAAAAAAGUGUAUUUUAUUCAAUUCUACAUUAUGUAUAACAUUUUUAAAACUUGAAGUUGUAAUGAACGUAAUUGUCAUGCUUCAAUAGCAAUAAUAAAUUUGUAUCUUCUAAUUUCAAGUUUACUAAUUUAAAAUUGUUUUUAAGUAGAGGUUUCAUGCUGAUUGUGCAGUAUAAUAACAAAUUAUAUUUAACAGCUGUUAAUGGUAUUGAACCACUAUAGUAUUAUUUUUUUUAUUGUAAAAAUAUAAUAAGUCAAAUGUAGGUACUGUAAUGAAAUUGACUGUAUUGCAGUUGUAAGGUCAGAAAAAUUUAAUUAGUCAGUUAUUCUUAGAGUAAGAAGUCAUGUCGCUUUUAGUGUAGACAUCUACAAAGUAUUAUUUAUAAUUACCAUUUGCAGUACAAAUACUUCAGUAAAAUAUUAAAAAAUAAAUACCAAAUGGAAACUGGCACUAAAUUUAUAAUAUUUUUAUAUUACACCACUGUUAAAAUUAGCUGAAAUUUCCUUAGCUUUGCAAUAAAAUGAUGACUAACUGUAAUAGGUAUUUUAUAAAUGUCAACUUCAUAUGACACCUAUAGCAAAUUCAAUUAAAUUUAGUUUAAAGACCCAUAGUUCAUUAUUUUAUUUUAAUAUUAAUAAUUUCAUAAUGUAUUGUAAUAUAUUAAAUAGUAUAAUUAAUUUAAUAAACCUUGAAUUGCUUACCUUGUAAAUGUUUUAAAACGGUUCUUCCACUAAAACAGCAUAUUGUUAAUAUUUAUUAUUAAUCAAAAUCAUUCAAAUAUUCAAGCAGUUAUCUCUACGCACACUGCCAGAUCAUUAGAGAUAAAACUAGACCACUAGGUUUAUAUCUUCAAAAGGCAAUGGAAACUCUCAUUAUAGAAGAAUCAUAUUAAUGAUCUCAAAUAUGAUGUUUUAGUAUUUGGCCAUGUAUUGGUUAAAGUAUUUUAUCUUUAAUGUUUUGUUUUAUUGUCUGUUAUGUAUGUAUUGUUAUUUAGUGUCAGAUUAAAUAUUUAUUAUUAAAUAUUGAUCCAAAAUGCAUGGUCAAAGUGUAUUUUGAGUAGUCCCUAUGUAAGUUAACUAAUUUCUUGUAUUUAAUCAGUGUUUUAAUAUUCACACAUUUAGUUUUAUUUACAUUUUCAGCACAUGAGCAGCAAACAUUUGUUGAAGAUCAAUGUAUCACACCAUAAUUUUAAAUGUGUAAAUAUAUAAAAAUAUUAAUUCAAUAAAUACAUUUGCUUUGAAUUGUUCAA